CAAAUUAAAUAAAUUGUCUUUCAGGUUACAACAUGGUUGCCGCACUAUGUUUAUAUGAACAAUCAUUUAGAUCCUGAAUAUGAUAAUAGAGUGAAGAUGUUAAACAUGGAAUAUGGAGAGAGACUAUCAAGUUUUGAAAACGUUCGGAACAAACCAUUUAGGCCAUUGAAGUUAGCAUUACCGAAAAAGAAAAUGGAGUCGACAUUAUAUUCGACAAGAUGUACUACAGAUCAAGCUAUAAAAUUGGAUCAGGAUUAUAAACCAGAUACCAAUGAAGAAAUGAAUAACAAGAAAAACACUGCUACGGAAAAUAUAAAAGGCAGCUCAAGUGAAAAUGAGUUUCACCAAGAGGAGGCGGCACCACAAAGUGAAGACGAAAAUCUGAAGGGACAGGAAACGGAACAGCCAUCUGUGGAAACAACAAAGAAACAAUAUUAUCCACCUAAACCAAGAAAGAGUCCCGAUCAUUAUAUUGAUGAUUCAUAAAACAACAAAAUUAAAUGUAACAAUUGCUAGUGACUCAAUAAAAA